AUGCCUGGUACUGUAGCAGUCAUCAGGACUUGCCCUGUUCGAGUUGGGGGACAGGACGGGAAUUCCAACAUACUCCCUGUGGCAUUCGCACUAGUUGAGGGUGAGAAUGCUGAGUCAUGGUCCUUCUUUCUCUCCUACCUCCGUCAGCACGUGACACCUCAGCCAGGUCUGUUAGUUAUUUCAGAUAGGCAUAACGACAUCAAGGCAGCACUCGAGGCACCCGAUGGGGGAUGGCUACCUCCGGCUGCAUACCGAGCAUUCUGCAUUCGACACGUUGCAGCAAAUUUCGCCCUCACCUUCAAGGGCAAAGAUGCCCGGAGGCUUCUUGUGAACGCUGCAUAUGCGAAGACCGAGGUGGAGUUUGACUACUGGUUUGACAUUCUGCGGUCUGAGAAUCCGGCAAUGUGUGACUGGGCGAACCGGAUUGAGUACUCGUUGUGGACACAGUACUAUGAUGAGGGUCGGAGAUUUGGGCACAUGACGACCAACAUAUCUGAGUGUGUGAAUUCAAUCCUGAAGGGGGUAAGGAACCUCCCUGUGUGCUCGCUGGUGAAGGCCACAUACGGAAGGCUUGCGGAACUAUUUGUCCGUAAGGGGAGGGAGGCCCAGGCUCAGAUGGGUACCGGACAACAAUUCAGUCAAUACCUGGUAAAGUGUAUCGAGGCAAACCUGAAGACGGCCAGGUGCUUCAAGGUGACUGUUUAUGACAGGGAUAACUCGGAGUACACCGUGGCUGAAACGACUCCGACAGGUCCCUUCUCACUUGGUACCUACAGGGUCUCACUAGGGUCUCAGACUUGUGAUUGUGGAUACUUCCAAGCACUUCAUUUGCCGUGUCCUCACGCACUUGCAUGCUGUGCUUAUUCACGUCUAACUUGGCAGCCUUACGUCCACGAAGUAUAUCGCCUGAGUUCUGUUUUCGGUGUCUAUCAGAUGGGAUUCACACCUCUCAUUCCGGAGGGUUUCUGGCCACCAUAUGUCGGGCCCACCGUUAUACCUGAUCCGAACAUGAGGCGUGCGAGGGAGGGUCGGCCGAGGUCUACUCGCAUACGCACCAACAUGGAUGAUGCAGAUCCAAACCGACCAAAGAGGUGUGGCCUCUGCAGGCAACCUGGACACACUCGUCAUAGUUGUCCGCAGGCCGGAUGA